AUGUCGUCGUUCACGCCACGCCCGGUUUCUUUUUUCGAUCGCGACGGGGAGAAGAAUACGACGUUGCUCUCCUCGGCGAAAGCGCAGUUGGGGAAAGUGUUCAGUCGAUUUGCUUCUUCUGCCUCCUCUCCUCCCGCGAAUAAUGUUGCGUCUGAAAAGCCUCUGCCUCCUCCGCCUCCGUCGGGAAAUCAGCAUCCUUCGCUUCGAAAAUCCUCCUUGAAGAAGACAUCGUCGCCGCCUGAUUUUUCGGUCGAGAGACACGGCAAAGUGACGUUCGCGAAAGAAGAAGAGGAAGAAGAAGAGGAAGAAGAAGAAGAAGAGGAAGAGGCACAUCGACGCGUUUUGAGACGAGGACGGUCUUCCGGGGUUGGAGAGGGAAAAAGAAGAGACGAAGAGAUGACGACGACUGCUCCCAACGUUGCCGAGACGAGAAAGAGGGAGAUUUCGGCCGAGAAAAGAGAAGAAACGACGACGGGGAAGAAGAGAAGAAACGACGACGACGAGGACAACAACAACAACGAGUACACGGAGGAAGAGAUAUUAGAGAUGGAGACGAUCGUGAGAAUGGCAAAGAGACGGAAAGUGAUGGGCGGCGGCGAUGGCGAUGGCGGAGAACCUCCCGUACGGCAGCCGAGCGAACGACGACGGAAGAGAAGCGAGGAGGUACGGGACGAAGUGGACGACGAUAAGAGUCCGCACGCGAGCGUGCGGGAUAUAUUGCACGCGUACAGACAGAGAAAGAUGGCGAAUAAGACGAGGUACGCGAGCCGGCCGAGAGGGUUAGCGGCGACGGCGGGCGCGACGAGUUACGGGUUGUUGCGACCGAAAGUUUCCAGCGAGAAAAGGACUUUACUUCUUCCGUCGAUGGGGACUAACGGUGCCGCCGUGAAUGGAGGCACGCCGUCGGCAAAAUUAGCGCCGCCAAUUCGGGAUAAAGGAAUGCCGACGUCGCAUAACGUGUUAAAGAAAAGGGAUCCGAGAAUCGUGAGCACCCCUGGGCCGGUGUCCAUCGGUUUCGCGCAAGGCGAAAGGUCCAAGAAAAGGUCGCGAGUUGGAGAGGACGAGUUUAUGCCAUCGUCGGUGAUGAAUAGAAACGUGUCGAGGAAGUUGGAUAGUUCAUCGCCACCUUUGCGUGUUCAACAAGAUCAGGAACAACAGCAAACGCCAAAGGUUGACUUGAGCGCAGUGCGCGCCGCUAAAGAGAAGAUGGCUACUCAAACAGCCUCGAAGAUUUUACGCGCCUUGGAUAGAGCGAACGAAUUUCGCAGCGGAGGAGCGACGCCUGGUAGAAAACCUUCGUUUACGCCGGCAGAGACGACGGGUGGACAACCUCCAUCUCGAUUAAAAUCUACGAAUCAGAAAGGUUUGAAUGUGUCUUUUGCGGACGAUGCGAGAACGCCAUCUCCGGCUGCUGGUGGUGCUGGGACUGCGCCGCCGAGUCACCGAAUGAGCACGCCGUACCCAGCCAAAAAUGGUGGGAGUGGCGGCGAGAACGAGUUUAACGACGUUCAAGGAUGCGAUCAGUCUGUUCUGGCGGAUACAGAGUAUGAGCGAUUACAAAGGAAGUAUGGACGCGUCGCGCAAGAAAGCUUCGAGUUUAACGAAGAGCGCUAUGUGCCCGAGUCCAUCGACGAGGACGACGACGAGCUCGAUGCGUCCGGCAAGAACCAAGAGGACAAUUCUGAUUCGGAAUCAGAUGAUGCGCCAAUUGGCUUCAAAAUGGGUCCUGGUACCGCGCAAAAAGAGAAGAAGCAAUCGUCGCUUAGUUUUGGAACGAAGAUAGCGACGACGACGACGUCGAAACAAGGCAAGAAGAACGAAGGAGACUUGGCAAAACCACCGGUAGUGAACCUUUGGAGUGCUGAUUUUAUGGCGAAGAAUAAAGCGCAUCAAGCAAAAGUUCAAAAAGCUAUCGAAGAAGAAGAAGGCGGAGGUGGUGCGGCUGGCGCCCCUGGUAAAGCGGCUCCGAGUCCGUUUGCACCGACGACAACUGCGGCGGCACCGUCGCCGUUUACGUUUGGCAUUCCGGCUAAGACAGCAGGCGGUGAUAAAGCCACGGAGAAGAAACCAGUGGCAGCAACAGCAACGGGCGGUUUCUCGUUUGGAAUUCCAUCCGCUACUGCGGUGCCGACGUCAAAACCAAAUCCAUUCUUAGUAUCCGCGCAAACGAAGGAAACGAAGGAAACUCCGAAAACCGACGAUAGUACGAAGAAACCGACAUUCCACUUCCGCGCUCCGGAAGGUUCGAGCGAUGGUAGUGGAAACGCUGGUGAAGUGAAACCAUCAACGGCAAAGUUUACUUUCGCUGGAUCGACGCCGAGCGCAGCAUUUUCACCAGCUGCGACGACAUCGACGGAGCCGACGAACGCCGCGGCGCCUCUUCUUGCUAAGCCUGCAUCAGCGGCGCCUACGUUUACUUUCGGCAACACCGCUCCUCCUGCUGUUGCUGGACCAGCUGCUACAGGUGGAGUUGAGAAGAGUGGUUUGCUCGGCUUUUUAGCGUCGACGAAAGAAAAGAAUGAGGAAGUGAAAAAAGAUGAGCCGGCGAAACCGACAACUUUUAGCUUUGGGGGCGGCUUAGCAAACGCGCCCAAGGCGGAUGAAGCAACGGCGAAAACGCCAGCUUUUACCGGUUUUGGCGCCGCGGCGAAACUUCCAACUCCUACAGAAACCUCCAAGAAAGAAGACGGCGAAACGAAGCCUUCCCCUUUCGGCACAACUUCGACGACAACUUCAGCGCCGCCGGUGUCAACUUCGCCAUUCGUUUUCGGUGCUCCUAAACCAGACGCAGCUGCUGAAGCGCCUAAACCGGCGGCGCCGGCGACGUUUGCUUUUGGCGCGGCGAAACCGGCAGAGACGGCAAAACCGGCGACGUUCACCUUUGGCGCUGCUCCGGCUGCGUCACCAGCGGCAGCGAGUUUAUUUGGUGCGGCGGUAGCAAAACCGACCACGGGUACUCCUCCUGCAUCACCAACUCCAGCAUCGUCUUCUCCGUUCACUUUUGGCGGCGCUCCGCCUUCCGCGGCGACGGUUGAGCUAAAGCAAGCCGAGGCAAAAGCUGCGGCUCCGUUCGCCUUCGGUUCGUCCGCUCCGGGAGCAGUAGCACCUGCGCCUGGUGCGUCAGUCAGUGGAGGUUUUACCUUUGGUGCUAGUGCGGCGACUGCGGCGCCUCCUUCCGCGCCAACAUUUACCUUCAACGCGGGCGCCGGAGGAGGUGCGGCGAGCGCGCCCAAUCCAUUCGCUACUACCAGCACAAAUCCGAGUCCGUUUGGAGCAACGACUGCUGCAAAUCCGUUUGGUGGAUCUAACAAUGAUUCGCGACCGUCCAGUCCGUUUGGUGCACCAGCGCCAGUUACUGGAGGUGCAAAUCCGUUCGGUGGUGGAGGAGGAGGGGUGGGAGGUGCGAAUCCAUUCGGCGCGCCGGCGGGUGCGAAUCCGUUUAGCAACAACGCUGGCGCUCCGCCGCAACAACAUCAAUCCGGUAGUUUCGGUGCCCCAUCAAAUAGCGAUAGCUCGCAACAAGUCGUUCCUGGCGGUCGAAAACCUAUUCGUCGCGCGAAACGUCCAACUAGACGUUAG